GCCCAGGCCGGAGCCGGAGCCGGAGCCGGGGCCGCGGACGGGGCCGGGGACGGCGGCGGGGACGAGGAGGAGGAGGAAAAGAACGAGCCCGAGCAGCCCGAAGAGCCCGGCGAGGCCGCCACGAAGGAGCCGCCCGGCCCGGCCCGGCCCCGCCUGGCCUUAGCCCGAUAAAACAGGAAAAGGAGACAAGCCCCGUGUAGCUUGCAGUCAUGCCAUUCCCGUUUGGGAAGUCUCAUAAGUCUCCAGCAGACAUCGUGAAGAAUCUGAAGGAAAGCAUGGCAGUUUUAGAGAAGCAGGAUAUCUCCGACAAGAAAGCAGAAAAGGCCACAGAAGAGGUUUCCAAAAACCUGGUUGCCAUGAAGGAAAUCUUGUACGGCACCAAUGAGAAAGAGCCGCAGACGGAGGCUGUGGCCCAGCUCGCUCAGGAGCUCUACAACAGUGGCCUCCUCAGCACGCUAGUAGCCGAUUUACAGCUCAUUGAUUUUGAGGGCAAAAAAGAUGUGGCCCAAAUUUUCAACAACAUCCUCAGAAGACAAAUUGGUACAAGAACUCCCACCGUUGAAUAUAUCUGCACUCAACAGAGUAUUUUGUUCAUGUUAUUAAAAGGGUACGAAUCUCCAGAAAUUGCUCUUAAUUGUGGAAUAAUGCUGAGAGAAUGCAUCAGACAUGAACCUCUUGCCAAAAUCAUUUUGUGGUCAGAGCAGUUUUAUGAUUUCUUCAGAUAUGUUGAAAUGUCAACAUUUGACAUAGCUUCAGAUGCGUUUGCCACAUUCAAGGAUUUACUUACAAGACACAAGUUGCUGAGUGCCGAAUUUUUGGAGCAGCAUUAUGAUAGAUUCUUCAGUGAAUACGAAAAGUUACUUCAUUCAGAAAAUUAUGUAACAAAAAGACAGUCGCUCAAGCUUCUCGGGGAGCUCCUGCUGGACAGACACAACUUCACAAUUAUGACAAAGUACAUCAGCAAGCCUGAAAACCUCAAGCUGAUGAUGAACCUUCUGCGGGACAAGAGCCGCAACAUACAGUUUGAGGCCUUCCACGUCUUUAAGGUGUUUGUAGCCAAUCCUAACAAAACACAGCCAAUCCUAGACAUCCUUCUCAAGAACCAAACGAAACUGAUUGAGUUUCUCAGCAAGUUUCAGAAUGACAGGACCGAGGAUGAACAAUUUAAUGAUGAGAAGACCUAUUUAGUUAAACAGAUCAGGGAUUUGAAGAGACCAGCACAGCAAGAAGCUUAAUCUCCAGUAAAUAAACAUCUAAAAUAUUAAA